AUGGACGCAACAGCGGCGUCCGGGUCGCACAACGACGAGGCCAUCGCCACUUCGCCUCCUGUAGUCCCCCAGCGAACCCCCUCCCAGACGAGCCUGCACAAGACAACCCACGUUCACACCCAUCGCCAGAGCUUCGCCGAGAACCUGAGGAACGCGCCCGGCUCGCCUCGCGCCCAGCGUCACCCCUCCUUCACCCAAGCUGCCGUCCAAGAGCUUCUCAACCACCCACCUGCUGCCAACAAGCACGCGAACCCGCGCUUCGCCGGCCGCGACUGGCGCGACAUCUCCGUCAACGAGCUUGUCGCUCAGGAUGACUUCAAAUGGGUCACCCUGGACACCAGCGUUGAAGAGGCAUCCAUGACGCUGGUCAAGCACAGUCCAUCCAACGUCGUCCUCAUCCGAGAGGAGGAUUCGGCCAAAACCGCCGUAUCGACCUUCGACUACAAUGACCUCAACACCUACCUACUGAUCGUCGUCGGACUGGCGAGGCCCGACGAGGAGCAAGUCCCGCUCUACGACGACAUAGUGAACAAGGCCCGAGAGGGCGCUCGCAUAGCCCUACGCGAUAUCCAGCCCCUAUGCCGCAAGGAGUCGCUCAUUACCCUGCCUUUCGACGAGACAUUGGAACGGGCUAUCGAAGUGUUCGGCAGCGGCAUCCACCGCGUCCUAGUCACCAACCCCACGGGCGAUGUAAUCGGUAUUCUCAGUCAGCUCAAGGUAAUUGAGUUCUUCUGGAACGAAGGCAUCAACUUCCCUGCCAUCGACAGGCUGUACCCGGUAACCUUGAGAGACCUCGGCAUCGGGACACAGCAAAUCGUUGCUGUCAACUCCGAUAGCCUUUUGGGAGACGCGCUGGCAUUGAUGAACGCUGAGGGCCUGACGAGCGUUGCCGUUAUUGACAACGGCCACAACGUCGUGGGGAAUAUUUCCACCGUAGACGUCAAGCACCUGACCAACGCCGCUGAUGCGCCUCUGCUCAAGUCAUCCUGCAUGCACUUCAUCUCCGUCAUCCUCAGCGAGCGUGGUGUCGAACAUGGCCGCGACUCCUUCCCUGUUUUCUAUGUCAACCCGUACUCGACGUUGGCGCACACCGUUGCGAAGCUGGUGGCUACCCAGUCUCACCGCAUGUGGGUUGUCGAAUCGGCAUCUCCGUCCCCGUCCGCACCCGCGACCCCUUUGCUCGCCCCAACGACAUCAACGGUGCUGGCGCCGGGACCGGGCUCGGCGCCGCAGUCGCCACUUCCUACACAAACUCAUACCGCUGUGCCUGCUGCAGCCAUGCCCGGCGCUCAUCUCUCUGGUCGUUUGACUGCUGUGGUUUCUUUGACCGACAUCCUGAACAUGUUUGCCAAGUCGUCGGGACUGCGACCCUCGGAUCCGGGCGAACAGCGAGCGCGCCGUCGUAGGAGCUCGAGCAGCUCCAUGCGUCCGAGCCUCGAUUCGUCAAGAGCAAGUCUCGACCUGCGUCGGUAA